AACACUCCUUGCCUAACAAGUCUUACGCCAUUACUUCUAAUUUCUCCCUCCUUCUCCCUCACGGCUCACCGCCACAGCCAGCAGCAGCAGCAGCCGUGACUUACUCCACCAGUCCGGCUGCGUUUUCCCUUCCCCACGACAGCUACCAGCAGCGCCGGCCCAACUCCUCCCUCCUGGCAGCAGCAACAGCUGCGUUUCCCGUCCCCAACAGCAGCAAGCUGCUGUGACGCCAAGGGAGCAGCACCACGCAGCUUUCCUCCACCAUCACACACGGUGGGUCACAUCACCACCACAAGAACCACCAACUUCUUGACCCUUUUCUAGUCCCCCCAUUACUUGGAAUAUGAUUCAAAAUCUUUUGAAGAAGCAAUUGAUGAGAAAACAAAUGAUCAAAAUGAGGUAUCUAGCUCUUCAUAGUAGGUAAUCAUGUUUUUGUUAGCAUAAAUUAUGUUUUUGUUAGCAUAAAUUAUGUUUUUGUUCCUAUCAUGGGCGGAUUUAUUCAUGGGCACCCCUAACACGUUCCCCAGGGGAAUUUUAAAAACAUUUUUUUUUCUGAAGUGAGGGGGUGAAAGCGUGUAUUUCAGAAUUUAGAAAAUCAAAAUCUUCAAUAUUCUCUUCUCUUUGUAAGAUAAAACUCUAAAUUACCACAACAAAACUGCCGCCUAUGCCUGUCGCCGGCUACCGCCUGCAACUGCCACGGUGCCGCCACCUUGCAGCCGCAUGUCAUCUACCCCAGCCACCUGCGGCUGCCCAGUGACUGUUUCGUGUUUCACCUUAACAAAAACCCUGAAUAGCAAAAUUUGAUUUUUUAAGGAAACAUGGAUAUUCCUCUACCAUUGGAUAAACUAGAUGUUUCUUCGACAAGUGAAUCUAAGGAGAAGUCUUAUGUGGUUCUAGUUGCAACUGGAAGUUUUAAUCCUCCUACUUACAUGCACUUGCGAUUGUUUGAGUUGGCAAGAGAUGCUUUGAAUUUAGAAGGUUAUACUGUUAUUGGAGCCUACUUAUCACCGGUAAAUGAUGCAUAUAAGAAAAAGGGCCUUGUAUCUGCUGACCAUCGUAUACAAAUGUGUCAACUGGCCUGUAAAAGUUCAGACUUCAUAAUGGUAGAUACGUGGGAGGCAAAACAAGUCAGCUAUCAACGGACGUUGACUAUUUUAUCCAGAGUGAAGAGCUUUAUAUGCGAGAAUAGUUGUGUUUCAGCUGGUAAAAGUUUUACUUCUUCGACUUUGAAUUACAAGGCUCUUAAGUUUAUAGAUAAGUGCACUUUUAUCUCUUGUGACACUAACAUUUUCUACACAGAAUCCCUUCGGGUAAUGCUUGUUUGUGGUUCCGAUUUAUUGGAAUCAUUUGGUGUCCCUGGUGUUUGGAUACCGGAGCAGGUCCGAAGCAUAUGUAGAGACUUUGGCGUGGCUUGUAUACGCAGAGAAGGACAAGAUGUUGAAAAGAUAAUAUCAAGCAACGACAUACUAAAUGAUAACAAGCGUAAUAUCAAGAUUGUGGAUGAACUAAUCUCAAACCAAAUUAGUUCGACACGAAUAAGGGACUGCAUCACACGAGGAUUGUCGGUGAAGUACCUAACGUCUGAUGAAGUGAUAGAUUAUAUACAAAAACAAGAACUAUAUCUGCACUAAUAGAUUUCCUACACGAAGAAUACCGUGUACUCCAUUCUAUUUUCAGGUUACGCUCUACCUAGCAUGAUGGUCAUUAGCUUAAUAAUCGAACGCCUAAUGUAGGGGAACCGGGAAAUGUCUAGUGCCCUUUUUGAAGGCAUCAUUUCCCCCUUUUGGUUGUUGUCUUGUUUGGUGUUAUUUAAUUAGAUUUCUUAUGCUAUCAUUGAAAAAGACGGAAUGAUUUUACGAUAUUGAUGAUGAAGGAAGAACUAUAAACGAAGCUUACGAAAAUACUAAACUUUGUAUAUGGCAUUUUAUGUUUAUGUUUAUGUUUAUGUUUACGAAAAUACCGAACUUUGUAUUCAGGAAAUGAUGAAUGAUUUUAUGUUUAUGCAAGAACGAUAUGGACGGGAAGAGAUUGUCAUGAAAUUUUUAGCUCCUUUCCACCAUAGCUCAGUAUUUUUCUCUUAGAGACUUCCUAAGAGUUUUCUUGUAUCUUUUUCUUGUACUGACCAUAUGGAUGGUAGAAGUUUCGGAGGUGACCCUGAUAGACCCGUUCUUUCACUUGAUCCAUGGCUAUCGUAUAUGUCACCAUUCUUAUCAUCAUCAUACCCAGUGUACUUGCUCAUAGAUUAGAGACUACAGGCUACGAUCAGGGUUUGGAUAGAAGACGACAAACAAUACCUUAUCUAAGGAAAUUAUGGCUAAUAAUAAAUCUACUUUAAAAUGAGCACUUACAAUUUUAAACUGAUCAAUUAGAGAUUUAAGUUUUUUUGUAUGAAUUAUUCUUAUGGUAUAGACAGUUUCAUACGACACUUGUUGUUAAAUAUUUAUUAGAUUAGUAAAGACGGGUUAAGCCGAACUUUAUUCUGAAUGUUUGAUUGCUUCCAAUUAUGUGCUAUCUCACAACUAAAAAGUUUCAACACCAAGUAAAAGUAACAUUUAUUUUCGAAUAAUUUAAAUGAGAAUAAAUGUAAUAUUUAUUUUGUAUCAUUUGGAACUAUCUAAUUGAUAUGAAUUUAAUAAGACAGAAAAAUCUGUCAUUUAAAAAAGGUAAACUAUGUAUAGUGAAGAUUUUUUCCACACGUUAAAAGCCAAG